GAAAAGAGAAUCAAAACCACUUUAUACAAUUAACUUUUGAGACAAUAUGGGGACUCCUGGUUCUGGAAGAAAAAGGACCCCUGUGAAGGAUCGAUUUUCUGCAGAAGAUGAAGCUUUGAGCAGCAUAGCCAGAGAGGCCGAGGCUAGGUUGGCAGCAAAAAGGGCUGCUCGGGCAGAAGCAAGAGAUAUACGCAUGAGAGAACUGGAACGACAACAAAAAGAGCCUUCUCAUCAUUCCUUUGAUCGGAAAUGGGGACAGAUUCACAAGUGGCUGGAAGAUUCUGAAAGGGCCAGGUAUUCCCACCGGUCCCGUCACCACCGUUCUUACCUGGGAGUUGAGGAUGCAUUGUCCAUUGGAAGUCUUGGCAGUCACAGGUAUGAUUCUCUCAAGGAUAGAUCUUCAAGACUUUCAUCACUAAGUCAUUCUAACAGUUACUCUCUUGGAAUGAAGAAGAGAUCUUCGGCUUCCCAUAAGAACCCACUGAGUGGCCUCUACUUUGACCAGAGAAACUAUAGCAGUCUUAGACAUAGCAAACCCUCCUCUACCUACUACACUCGGCAGUCCUCUUCUCUGUGCAGCGACUCUCUGGCGACAUCUAAGACUAACAGGGUCUUCCCUACUGCAGAUUCUGCUCUGCUGAGAAGUGCCAGUCUGGCAUCACUGUAUGAUGGUGGAUUUUAUAGUCCUUGUGGUUCUCGAACUCCGUCCGAAUACAGUUAUCACUCUUCAAGAACCAGUUCAGCCCGAAGCAGUCCUGUGUUCACCAAUGAUGACACUGCGAGCAUCGCAUCUUCUGGUCGUGCCAGUCGUGGGCAUGGGCGAAGGGAUAGUGUGGUCUCUGCGGCUGAUUAUUUCAGUCGCUCUCAUCGGCGGGGAAGCAUGGUUUCAGAGGCGGACGACGUCAGUCUUCCUGAUCUGACCUGUCUGGAUGAAAAAUCUGACAAACAGUAUGCUGAAAAUUAUACAAGGCCUUCAUCUCGAAAUUCUGCCUCAGCAACGACCCCUCUAAGUGGAAAUUCAUCUAGACGGGGAAGUGGAGACACCUGCAGCUUACUAGAUCCAGACACCUCAUUAAGCGAAUUGCGGGAUAUCUAUGAACUUAAGGACCAGAUACAGGAUGUAGAAGGGAGAUACAUGCAGGGACUGAAAGAACUGAAGGAAUCUUUGUCUGAAGUUGAAGAAAAGUACAAGAAAGCCAUGGUUUCCAAUGCACAGUUAGACAAUGAGAAGAACAAUUUGAUAUACCAGGUAGAUACCCUCAAGGAUGUGAUCGAAGAACAGGAGGAACAGAUGGCAGAGUUUUAUAGAGAAAACGAAGAAAAAUCAAAGGAGUUAGAGAGGCAGAAGCAUAUGUGUAGUGUGCUUCAACACAAGAUGGAUGAACUUAAAGAAGGUCUUCGACAAAGAGAUGAGCUUAUUGAGGAAAAUCAGCGCAUGCAGCAGAAAGUAGACAACAUGGCAAAAGAAGUGUUUGAGCUCCAGGAGACACUUCUUUGGAAAGAUAAAAAUAUUAGGGCCCUAGAGAAGCAGAAGGAAUACAUUGCCUGCCUUAGGGAGGAGCGAGACAUGCUCCGAGGGGAACUGGCUGACCUGAAGGAGACAGUGAACACAGGAGAGAAACAUGGCUUAGUUAUAAUCCCCGAUGGCACGCCCAAUGGUGACAUCAGUCAUGAGCCAAUGGUCGGAGCUAUCACUGUAGUGUCUCAGGAAGCGGCUCAGGUCUUGGAGUCAGCUGGAGAAGGGCCGCUCGAUGUCAGGCUGCGAAAACUCGCUGGCGAAAAGGAAGAGCUACUAUCACAGGUGAGAAAGCUGAAAUUGCAGUUAGAGGAAGAGCGGCAAAAAGGCUCCAGGAGCGAAGGUGCCGUGGGGGACCUGGCGGGGCUGCAGAAUGGCUCGGACUUGCAGUUCAUCGAAAUGCAGAGGGAUGCUAACAGACAAAUUAGUGAGUACAAGUUCAAGCUUUCAAAAGCAGAGCAGGACAUAACCACGUUGGAGCAAAGUAUUAGCCGACUUGAGGGUCAGGCACUGAGAUACAAAACUGCUGCUGAGAAUGCUGAGAAAAUAGAAGAUGAACUGAAAGCAGAGAAGAGGAAGUUACAACGAGAGCUACGAACGGCACUGGACAAGAUCGAGGAGAUGGAGAUGACCAACAGUCACCUGGCCAAGCGUCUGGAGAAGAUGAAGGCCAACAGGACAGCGCUGCUAACUCAGCAGUAGGGGCCGUCCAGCUGCCUGGGUGCUACUCUGGUCCUGCCCGAGGGACUGACUUUGUCCAGACACAAACCCCUUUCAGUACUGUUUUUGUUUUGUCAGUAAAUUAGCCACCUUUGUAUUUUAUAAUUUAUGAAGGAAUGAAAGCGGUUUGAUUCUUCGCGAACACCUUGGAUUGUGUUCAUAGUUUGAUUCUUUUUUUAUUUUCAUCAAUUUAGAAUCAAGGUCACUCAUCCGUUUACCCCCAGCUGCCUGUGCCCAGCUCUGCUGCGUGGGCACAGGUUCUGGAGGAGAGCAGUUCUGUGAGUAUUCAGAGACGCUUGCAAGCAACCUCAGAAAACACAAGUGCCUUCUCCACAGUGGGAUUCAGACCUCAGCGAUGUCCAGUGGUCAAAAGACACUGUUGUGUUAGUCUUCCGAUUUUAGCGAAGAAACAGUGUCACAGGAGGGAAAACUAUGUUUUUCUAAAAUUUAUAUGUUUGGAGAAUAAAGACCUUUUUUGGUAAGAUAUUUAAAUUUAUAUAAGAAAACAUUAGAAAAAGAGAUGGGAAGUGUAUAUAAAACUUGCUUUGUUGCAUGGGGCAGGGGACAGUAUGGCCUUAGAGUCUUCAAGAGCAAGGGCCUUAGCUGAUGUACGUUGUCAAGUAUUUCACCUGCUGCUGCUUUGUGGAUGGAAACCUCAGACAAGCCCAAUGCGGGAGGCCCGGACAGGGCCCAGGCUAGCAGAUGGGAAAAGUGCCUGAAGAUUCCAUUAAACACACUUUGCUGACACAACUGGCUGCUGGAAUAUUUUGUUAAAGGAGCCUUUACGACAGCUCACAGCAAGCUUGCCCCACUCCUGCCCUGCUCCUUUUGGAAAAAUAAGCUGGAAUCAAGAACUUUUUCUUCUAUGAACUUGAGUCUCUUAAAAGAAACCUAGGUUUUGAGGUUUUAGCACAAUGCGCCCACUCGACAGGAUUUGUGGUUCUUUUGCUUUCACAAUCUGUGUUUUAAGGACACGAGUAUUGUAUCCUCAGUAUGUUUACAUAGACAGAAUAUUGGGUAAAUUUUAAUGAAUCAAAGCCCACAUAAUAAAAUUAGACUUGAAACUAGGUAAUAAAGUUUAACUCAAAUGUGGAUAAAA